AUGUACUGAGAAAGAAGCGGCUUGCCCAUUGGGCGUCGCGGGAUGUUCAAACUAGUAUGGGAGGCGGUGAUUGGUGGCGACACGGCGCGGCCCGCCGCCCCCGCCCGGGCGGGUCAUUGUCUGGCGGCUCCUGAGGCGGGUCGGGUGCGGCGGUGGCUUUGGGGUUCGGACGGCGGCGGCGGUAUCAUGGCUGGCGGCAAGGCGGGCAAAGACAGUGGCAAGGCCAAGGCCAAGGCUGUGUCACGCUCCCAGAGAGCCGGGCUGCAGUUCCCAGUUGGCCGCAUCCAUAGGCACCUGAAGACUCGGACCACCAGCCAUGGACGUGUGGGAGCCACGGCAGCCGUGUACAGUGCGGCCAUCCUCGAGUACCUGACUGCUGAGGUGCUGGAGCUGGCUGGGAACGCUUCCAAGGAUCUCAAAGUCAAGCGGAUCACGCCCCGGCACCUGCAGCUGGCGAUCCGCGGUGACGAGGAGUUGGACUCCCUGAUCAAAGCCACCAUUGCUGGGGGAGGUGUCAUUCCCCACAUCCACAAGUCCCUGAUUGGAAAGAAGGGACAGCAGAAAACGGCGUAGAGGGAGUGCGGCACCGGAUCCCCCUGUCAUCGUACUGUACCUGGGCACAGGAACAUCUCGGGGAUACGAGCAAUUUUUUUAAGGAAUAGUUGAAAGGAAGAGCAUAGAGGAUUGACUGUAGAGGAAACAUUGGGAUGGGUUUAGAUUAUGGAUAGGACACCGCGGGCUUUGGGGUGGCAGCCAGGAAUGGGUGAAGUGGCUCAGCUGCCCCCAUGUUUUAUACAAAAAUGGAACCCAUAAACCAUUUUUUACAAAAAUCCACACCGUCUCCAGUGGUGGCGGGGGAGGGGGGUUUGAGGGGCCGUCGGGAUCCCUUCGGCACGGGGCAGGGCGGCCUGCGGCGCCCCGUGCAAAUGAGCCCUUAUGCACAGACACGGUGAGGGACAGGCACCGCCCGCUAUGCAAAUAUUGGGUGGGGCAGGGCUUGUUCCAGGGCCACGCGUCCCGAGAGCACAUGGCCGGGUGUGUCUGGACAUGGAGUUGUUCGUCUGGCCUGGCCCGAACACAGGAGUAUUCGUGGGUGUCUGUCCCACCCGUACGGGUGUCCAUCUGUCCGAGGGCUGGGGCUGCCAGUGCUCAGGCAGCCCGCAGCGAAUGGGUGCUGGGAGUCUGGCUGUUUGUCUGGGUGUUUGUCUGGUGGGUGCCAGAUCUCCAUCUCUCCAGGACAUUGUCACUGGUUGCCAGGGUCUGUAAGCCUUGGGUGUCACUCUGUCCUGGGCACAUGGCUCCUUACGAAGCUCCCGCCGAACCAUGUAUGUCGCAGCUGGAUACGGGGGUGGUCUGAGCCGGACCCGAAGGGGGUGGCGGGGGAAGCCGGGGCAGGGGCGGCUCCUGCACUGGCAACACCAGACGCCGGUUGCAUCAGGCGUCAAGUGGCCCCGACAGCCUAAGGCACUAUGAGGGCCGUGCGCGGGCUCAGACCAGCCCCGCCGGGCCGUAGCACCUGGGGUAGCCGCAGGACCGGUUGCGAGCGGGGGCAGGGGCCAGGAUGGAGCCGUGCCGGGGUCGGUCCCAGAGGGCCCGAGAUCGCACAAUGGCGACACCAGCCUCCGCAAGAUGGCGGCGGGGGGCGGGGCUGUCCUCGCUGCCCGCGGGCCGUGCAGUGCGCAUGCGUACUCCUUGCAGUCGUCGGGCGCAUGCGUGCGCCGCCGCGCGCCUCAAGCUGCCGAGCCGCGCGGGAGACACCAUGCCGCCAGCACGGGGGAGUACGGCGUGGGCAUUAGUGUCCGUCCGCAACCUUGCGCCAUCUGAGGCACAGGAAACUGCCUGACUGGCGCUUUAAUCCCGGUGAGUGCUCGGCUGGCAGCGGGAUGCUGCCGACUGUCCAGGAGGUUGAGCCCAAGCUCCGCGUUACGUAACGUGCUCCCCCUGCCUGACUGCAGUGGUUCUGGUCCUCCACCUCCGUGGUUCGUAUUGCUCUCGCCAUUGGCUGGACGCACCAGUGGGGCGGGGCGAGGAGCCUAUAACUACAGGCGGUGAGGAAGGGGCCGCGCUUAGUCCAUCGCUCCGGUGCUCCGGUUUUGUUCCUAUUGUGCUUUCCCCUUCUGCUUGUCGCCGCCCAUCGCGUCGCCAUGAACGGGCAACUGAACGGCUUCCACGAGGUGUUCAUCGAGGAGGGCACCUUCCUCUUCACCUCCGAAUCCGUUGGCGAGGGGCACCCAG